UCUAAACCAGCUAGUAAUUGGUAAUUAAUAGGAAGACUUAUUCAAAAAUAAAUUACCGCAGAAUUUGCUUUCUCUUCAUUAUUGACAGGUUCAAUGAUUUUUCUGGUAGUAGGCGUGGCAGUCGAUAUUCAAUAAAGUGUAAAAAUUAGUAUUUUUAUAAUAAUAGAACCUGUCAUUCAACCCAGCUAGUAAUUGGUAAUUUAUGGGAACAGAUUUAUUUAACUAUAAAUUACCGCAGAAUUAGCUUUCUCUUCAUUAUUGACAGGUUCAAUGAUUUUUCUGGUAGUAGGCGUGGCAAUCGAUAUUCAAUAAAGUGUAAAGAAUGAGUGUGAAUGUAGGUGAUUAUUGUUUGUUAAGUCUUUCAAAGGACAUUGCUACGGGAGCCGGUCGCAUUGUAACAAAACACAUUUUCGCAUCCAAGAUGAAUUCUAAAAGACCAAAUCCAUCAAAUGUAGUCAAUAAUGAGCUAUACAGCGCCAUGACACAAGCCCAAAGGGCAGUUGCGUAUUACAACCAACUUGCACACAGUCAUGGGGUUCGUUGUCAGGUGCCCUAUAACUCUGCACAAUUGAAUUGGUGGCUCCCACCACCACCGCCGCAGCAAGUAUCACAAGCAACAGCUAAUGAUAAUCAGCAGCCCCCGCUGCCACAGAGGACUGAUAAUAAUCAGCAGCCACAGCCAUCAGCUGCAGUUGACAAUAAUCAACCGCUGCAGCCACCACCAGCAGCAGCUAAUGAUCAUCAGCAGCCCCCGCUGCCACCGAGGACUGAUAAUAAUCAGCAGCCACAGCCAUCAGCUGCAGUUGACAAUAAUCAACCGCUGCAGCCACCACCAGCAGCAGCUAAUGAUCAUCAGCUGCCCCCGCUGCCACCGAGGACUGAUAAUAAUCAGCAGCCACAGCCAUCAGCUGCAGUUGACAAUAAUCAACCGCUGCAGCCACCACCAGCAGCAGCUAAUGAUCAUCAGCAGCCCCCGUUGCCACCGAGGACUGAUAAUAAUCAGCAGCCACAGCCAUCAGCUGCAGUUGACAAUAAUCAACCGCUGCAGCCACCACCACCAGCAUCUAAUGAUCAGCAGCUCCCACUGCUACCGAGGGCUGAUAAUAGCCAGCAGCUACAGCCAUCAAGAACAGUUGACAAUAGUCAACCGCCGCAGCUACCAGCAGCAGCUAAUCAUUAUCAGCAGCCCCCGCUGGCACCGGAAGCUGUUAAUCAAUUCCAAAUAUCAAUGUCAGCUUAUCAUAGUCUGCAGUCGAUGUGGGCACCGGAAUUUUAUCCACCAUCUCAACCAGGGGGUUACUCAUGGUUACCACAUGGUUAUGGUAUGCCACAACUAACCACUGUACAGCCACCACCAACCUAUGGCAAUCAACAGCAACCAGGUGAUUUAUCCCUGUUAGCGGGUGCGCGCCAACCUACACCGUUUCCUGGCCUAUCAUCGGUAUCAGCGGCUGCACCUUUAUUAUUAAAUUCAUUGCCACCGCCACCUCCACGAAAUUCUCAGCCACCACCGCCUCUAAUGAACUCUUCGGUACCACCACCGUCUUCAGCUAGCUCUUCGGCACCACCACUAGAGAAAAAUGAUGAUAAAGAAAAUGAUGAUGAUGAGGAUGAUAGGCGCUCUGUUCUUUCUCGAAAAGAAAAUAGUCGUCGAAAUUCGGCAGCCGGCCGAAGUCGUGGAAAUUGGCGGGGGCGUAAAAACGCCAGCCAAUCUCAACGUCGGGGAGAAGAAAAAGACAAGGAGAAAGAGAAGGAAGGCAACGGGAGGGGCAAUGACAAUAAAAGAGGCAGCGGCAGAAGGAGAGAUUAUCGUGGAAUGGGUCAACAAUUUAAUAAUAGGAGUAGAAGAGGAAGAGGAAGAACCAACUAUGGAAAAUUUAAUUUUUAUUUGACCUAAAGUAUAAUUGAAUAGAUCCAAAAGAUGAUUUCUGGUCCAAAAAAAAUAUUUUGAUGAGUUUCAUUGUCAUGAUUUAA